CAUCAACAAAAGCGUCAGAUGGGAGAAAACUAAAGGCAGGGCGGUUUUUUUCCAGUUUGAUGUUAUCAUGUGGUGCCUUUGCUAGGGUGACAGGAUAUAUAGCUCCUUGCCCCCCUCGCUAUCUUUUUUUUGCUGUACCACCCCUCGACUGCCAACCAUGGCCGACCUCCGAGACGAGAAACUGUCCGACGUCGAGAAGGAUGCUGCCUCGAAGGCCGAGUCUGAUGUAGCAUCCGUACAUAGCGAGGGGAGUAGGUAUCACCCGUGGCUGAAAGCCCUCCUCAGCUGGGGAGUCGAGGAGAGGGGUAUCGUCCCAGUCCCUUAUGAUCAACGGACAGACAAGCAGUUCUACAAGAUCUUCUUCGUCUGGUUCUCCAUGAACUUCAACAUCCUUUCCUUCUCAACCGGAACACUCGGACCAAUCGUCUUCGGCUUGAGCCUCCGUGAUUCAUGUCUCGUAAUAUUAUUCUUCAAUCUCCUUGCUUGUUCUCUCCCCGCAUACUUUAACACAUGGGGACCUCGAACGGGAAUGCGACAAAUGGUCCACUCCCGUUACAGCUUUGGGUACUACGGUCUGACGAUACCCGCCCUUCUUAACUUAAUCGGAUUAUGUGGUUUUAACAUUCUCAACUCUAUUCUCGGCGGCCAAGCCCUCGCUAGUGUUUCGAACGACAACAUGAGCUGGACGGUCGGAAUUGUCAUCAUUGCGAUCGUUGCGCUGGUAAUCUCUUUCAUGGGUUACAGAGUACUGACCUGGUACGAGCGUCUCUCGUGGCCACCUGUCCUCCUUGCUUUCAUCGUCGCCCUUGGUGUUGGCGGGAAGCAUCUGUAUAACGCACCCUCAUUCUCGGGAGAACCUGCCUCAGCGUCUACUAUCCUUAGUUUUGCAUCUGUCCUCGCAGGUUUUGUGAUCACGUACUCUGCAAUGGCCUCGGAUUUCACCAUGUAUUACGAACCUACCGUUUCGAGGUAUGACCCUUCUAUCUCCAAUCACACAUUUUGGCUGACCCCUUAUCCGCGACGCAGUCGCAAGAUCUUCUUGUACUCGUAUCUUGGUUAUGUUGUGCCUAUCGUAUGUGAUUUUUUCCAUGUCCGUGAAUGGCUAAUCCUAAACUUAUCUCAGAUCGUGCUGGAGUGCCUUGGAGUAGCCGCAGUCAUGGCCACUCCAAAUGUUCCUAGUUGGAAUGAGGGUUACGGCACGGCAGGCAACAUCGGCGGCCUUUUGAGCGCCAUGCUUAGUCCAGUUGGCGGUUUUGGGAAGUUCCUCACGGUCAUGUUGAGUCUCAGCGUUACCGCGAAUAUCGCGUGUACGCUUUACUCUAUUUGUUUCAACUUCCAAGUUCUUGUACCGUCGUUCAGCCGAGUUCCCCGAUAUGUUUUUUCCAUUGUCGGCACAGCAAUUUCAUUGCCAUUAUCUAUCGUUGGCGCCCAUCGAUUCUAUGCAACACUGACCGAUUUCCUGAGCCUCAUCGGGUAUUGGGCAAGUGCAUAUGGCGCUAUCUUAAUCGUCGAACAUUACUGCUUCCGCAACGGCGACUUUAACUCCUACGAUCACAGCUCUUGGAACAAUCCACGCCGUCUGCCCUGGGGGGCAGCUGCUAUAGCUGCCGUCAUCCUCUCGUUCGGCCUCGUCAUUCCAUGUAUGCAACAAGUGUGGUUCGAGGGUCCCAUCGGUACCAAAACAGGCGACAUCGGCUUUGAAGUGGCCUUCCCGUUGGCCGGUAUCCUCUACUUCCCCCUCCGAAAACUCGAACUCAAAUACCAAAAAUUUGAUUAGCGCGGGGAAGCAGAACGCAGGACGACGCCUUGGAAUGUAGCCAUUUUUUGUAUGACCUAUAAUCGCCCUUGACACUCCCAGUGGCGACCAGUACCAGAAAUUCACGAUGACUUCCCGUUGCCAGGUUUCAAAGUUUCCGAACCAGGGAAUUACUUACAUAUAACGCACACUCUCGAUCCUCUCCGUUCCGCACUGUCUUGGAUACCUAGCUUCAUCUCCACUGUUUAACUUACGACCAUACCGCUCGUCACGAAUGUAUAAUAACAAGAAGCAGAGAAAUGAGGGAUGCACGGAUAUUCAGCGAGUCCAGGAUUUGGGCACGGUUCUUCGCGGGUAUAAUAUUCAUGUAGAUCAUCACCGCCGAGAUGUUGAAUUCAGGGAUGAUGCAUGAUGUGCUGUCACGGGAACAGGCACGG